AUGGCGGAUAACAGGGAAAAGGUGGAAGGGGAUGAAACACCGAACAACAGGAACAGAGAAGGGAUGAAUAAAAAUACAAGAAGUACUAGCAACAACAGUAAUAGUAAUAAUAAUAGCAGCAACUACAACACGUACAAUAAUAAUUUAUCGUUAAGGAACCUUAAUAGCAUCUCGUCGACGAACUCACAAAUAACAGAAACAAAAAAUAAGCAAGGGAUAGAGCCUCUAACUGAAAGGGAUUUAGUAAUAAAGAAGGGGGAGGACUUAAAGGUGAAGGUAGAAGAGUUUAUGACUAGGUUUGUAAAUAAUGUUUUUGAAAAUAAGAGUGUAUUGUAUUUAUAUUGUAAAUAUGUUAUGUUACAUUAUGGAAAAGAUUUAAUAGAUGAAAGGAAAAUAGACUCUUUAAAUUUUGGAGUUAUAAAUGGAGGUAUAACUAAUAUAUUAGUAAAAGUAGAAGAUCAAUUAGAAAAAAAGAAAUAUUUGAUAAGGUUGUAUGGACCUAAGACUAGUGAAAUUAUUAAUAGAGAAAGAGAAAAAAAAAUCUCAAGUAUAUUAUAUGAUAAAAAUAUUUCAAAAAAAAUUUAUGUAUUUUUCCCUAAUGGUAGAAUAGAAGAAUUUAUGGAUGGUUAUGCUUUAACAAGAGAAAAUAUAAAAGAUUCAAAUUAUCAAAAAAAAAUUGCACAAAAUUUAAGAGUACUACAUGAUAUUAAUCUAAAUGAUACGUUAUUUAAAGAUUUGCAAAGUUCACAGAAUGUGAAAGGAGAUAGACCAUCUUUUUUAUGGAGUACUAUAUGGAAAUAUUUUAAUUUACUAAAAGAAGAAAAAAAAAAAAAUUGUUCAUAUAACUCAGAAGCAAAUAUAUUAAAACUAAUUGAUUUUGAUAUGUUAAAAGUAUUGAUUUUAGAAAUAGAAGAAUUAUGUAAUAGAAAACAAUCUCCAGUAGUGUUAUGUCAUUGUGAUUUGUUAUCUUCUAAUAUUAUUAAUACAACUAAUGAUAAUAUUUCUUUCAUUGAUUUUGAAUACUCUUGUCCAAUGGAAAGAGCUUAUGAUAUUGCAAAUCAUUUCAAUGAAUAUGCUGGCUUUAACUGCGAUUGGGAAUUAAUACCUUCAAGGGAUGAAGAAUAUAAUUUUAUUAAAAAUUAUUUAAAUACGGAAGAUGAAGAUGCAAUUAAUAAUUUGAUUGAUGAAAUACAACCAUUUUAUGUUUGUUCUCAUAUUAAUUGGGGGCUAUGGGCAUUAUUACAAGGUAUACACUCAGUAAUUGAUUUUGAUUUUAUUAACUAUGGCAUGACCAGGAUAACAGCAUCCUGUCUCCCUAUAUUUAGAUCCAAGCUGACUACCAGUUAG